CGCCUGACAGGUAGCUCGGCUCGCUGCUGGUGCAUCCUCUUCCUCUUCCUCCUCUCUCUCCACGCCCUGCCACUGUUAUUAUCGACAAACAUGUCGCCCCCUGCAUCGGCCGCGACGGCGAGCGAAAGCAGCACCACCACCACCACCGUCUUCGAGGAGGACGCCAGAGAGGAGCAGAGACCACUGAAACAAUCCCUGAGCAAGUCACUGUGCCGGGAAAGCUUCUGGAAAUGCCUCGUCCUCUCCGUUCUCAUGUACGGCUGCAUGGGAGCGAUGGUUUGGUGUCAUGUCACCAAGGUGACGCGCCUCACCUUUGACAGUGCCUUCAAAGGGAAGUCCAUGAUGUACCACGACAGCCCCUGCUCCGACGGCUACAUCUACAUCCCCCUGGCUCUACUGGGCAUGCUCUACCUGGUCUACCUCGUGGAGUGCUGGCACUGUCACGUGAAGAACGAGCUGCAGCACAAAGUGGAUGUAGAGGGCAUCUACGAGCGAAUCCAGAGGAUGCAGCAGGCCAAACCCUGCAUCUGGUGGAAGGCGAUCAGCUACCAUUACGUUCGCCGCACUCGACAGGUUACGCGCUACCGCAACGGCGAUGCCUACACGAGCACCCAGGUGUACCAUGAGCGCGUCAACACCCACGUGGCGGAAGCUGAAUUCGACUACGGCCACUGCGGGGUGAAAGAUGUUUCCAAGCAGCUGCUGGGUCUGGAGAAAUCUGCUCUCACAAAGAUGCGCUUUACCAAGUGCUUCAGCUUUGCAAACGUAGAAUCAGAGAAUUCUUACCUCACUCAAAGGGCAAGGUUUUUCACCGACAAUGAGGGUCUUGAUGAUUACAUGGAAGCCAGAGAGGGCAUGCACCUGAAGAACAUCGACCUGAAGGAGUAUGUCUUGGUUCUCGCUGAUCCGGAUCGCCACCCUUGGUAUCUGUCCCAAUACGUCUUCUGGUUUGCGUCAUUCCUCACAUUCUCCUGGCCGCUCCGCGUCUUCACAGAGUACCGCACCGCAUACGUCCACUAUCGCGUCGAGAAGCUUUUCGGGCACGAUUACCUUCCCGUGACCCCGUGUGACGACAGGCCGUACUGGCGUCGCAUCCCUCGCGUGAACACUAUUGACAGCACAGAGCUGGAGUGGCACAUUCGCUCCAACCAGCAGCUUGUGCCGAGUUACUCAGAGGCCGGCCUGAUGGACCUGGCCCAGUGCCCGACCAGCUUCAGCGGGAUUCGUCAGAACUGCGAGCGCUGUCACAGAGCCAUCAGCUGCUCCUCCGUGUUCUCAAGGAGCGCCCUCAGCAUCUGCACCGGCGCCAGCUCCCGGAUCCCCUUCAGCAGCAGCCGCUUCUCGUUGGCACGGCGCUACGGCUCCCAGCGCAGCUGCUUCUGGAGGAGCGGCAGCCUGGACGACCAGGAGAGCCCCAGCGAGAACACCCGCUGCCUGUCGGAGCGCCUCACCACAGACGACGAAGAGCCGCCAGACUACGAGGAUGCGCUUUGCUACCCGGUGCUCAUCGUCCACUGCAGCGAGAACUGCCACAACCACAGGUCGUUCCACAGAAACGGCUCCUGUGUGGAGACUUCUUUAUGACUAUGCAGUCACUGACAGAGCUCGGUGGCGUGUCUGUAGCAUAGACAACCACUUUUAAAAA